GGAAGGGAGAGGCGAGCUUUGGAAAUACUUUGGGGAUUUCAAGAGAAGUGUUUCAUAAAGGAGAAAAGAGGCAAGCUUUAGAAAAACUUGGAGGAUCUAAAGGAAACUUGAUUGGUCUAUUAAACUAUUUCAUCAGCAUUGAGAGACUUUUCUCAGUUUUUGACGGCGGAUCCACAGGUGGGCCCACAAUCUCUGCCAGUUGUACAUUUUGAUACACUUCUUGUAUUUCUGUAUAAAAGAUCAAAAUGAGCCAGCUGUACUUAUCCAGUGUUAAGGACUUGAAAUGCAUGGAGGACAUAACACGGCUUGUGCAAGAGGGAAUUUUGUCCCUGUGUAACACCUGUACAGCCCUCUUUGAUGCACAUGUUGAUCCAGCCACCGACCUGUGCUCCAAUUUUAAACAAAUCAGGCGACACAUCAAGUAUGCGAAUCGAUGCUUGAAUGAGUCAGAGGGAAAACUGAAAGUAAAACUGAAAAGUUUAGAUAAAUGCAUGGAACGACUUAUCACAGAGAAACAGCAUGUUCAGCAAGAGAAAAAAGAGAAAAGCCUGGCCAUUGAAGAAUUACGCAUACUGAAGUCAUCUACUAAAGAAUCAUUAAGCAAUUCUAAAGCACAGUUGAAACAAGCAGAAAAAAACAAAGAGGCAGCAGAAUAUGAGCAAGAAAAGAUGGAAAAAUUGAAGACCGCCGCUAUGUGGUAUACAGUUGCAGGGGCGGUCAUCACUCCAGUACCAAUUUUUGGGUGGUUAACUGGUCCACAGAUGAUGUGUGAUGGAAUAAAUACAAUGGUGGAGGCUAUGCAUGCCAUCAAUGACGCUAUCGAGGAGCAAGAAGAGUGCCAGUCCCAAAUAAAGAAGCACGCACAAAAAAUCCAGGUCUACAACAGGAGAAUCUCUGAAACACAGGAUGAGAUUGAAGAGACUAUUGAGAUGCUCAGUAAUAUUCAAGGCUAUAUUAAAUGGCUGCAGCAGCGUCUAGCGGCCAUAGCUGAAAUUCAGAAAAAAUUCAGGACAGCUGUCCACUUUAUGGAUAUUCUUAGUGGGAGGGUCAAUGUAUUAGAGAGUCACACUCGAAGUUGCAUUUACUGGGAGCCUGUGAUAAAGAUAAUGCAAGAUGUGGGGAAUGCAGUAACAGCUAUUGCAAAUAAUGAGCUCCUCUAUAAUCAGGAUGUAUCGCGUCUCAUAAAUAGACUGAGUAAGAAAAUGAAAAAACUAGAGGCUUUAUGCAACACACCCGACAAUUCUGAAUAUGUUUGCUAUUAUUGAGACUCACCUCCCUCUGUUUAACCCCACUUCAUACGUAACAGCAUAAAACAAACUCAUUUUUGGUUGUCAAAUUAGUUCAGCUGUAAUUUACACAGCAACUCAAAUAACAGGCAUACUGUAUAUUUACUUUAUGAAUUAUGAAUUAUUAAUAUUAUUACUAAUUAAGUAUAAUUUCUUUUUAUUUCUGCUACAUGUUUUACAAUAAUAAUUUCUGGGAACAAUGUUAGCAAAUGCAUUUACUAUAGUUAUAUAUAUAUAUAUAUAUAUAUUAUUGUACUAUUUUAUUUGUAGUUCUACAUAUUAAAGUUAUGGUUUUGAAUUGUGUAGUUAUUAUACCUUUUUUGUUUAUUCUUUCUUUCAUUGUACUUUCUUUCACAUUUGUAGUGCAUUCUGAAAACCAAAGCAGAAAA